UUGCAGGCCGUCUCUCCUAGUUUUGUGACCCACGACCGGUCUAGGUCCAAAUCCCGGCUAGUUUUCUCAGAUGAAGAGGGUUGCGGAGUCGUAAGACUACAGACUACAGACUACACGGGCUCGAAUCCCACUGGGGGAGGUGAUACGAUUUUGGGGAAGACGGGGCUUUCCCGGCUUGGUAGAUCGUUUUCCGAGCCUCCACACCCGACUUCCUCUCGUCUAGGCCCUCUCGCCAAGAAAAAACCACUUUCGUCCAACCAACAGGGUCGGGCCUUCGGACUGCAAGUGUUUCUGGACAAAAUCCGCGUCUUAGCUCUCGUCUUCAUCCUCCAUUCAUUUCCUGUUACCAAUUCGACAUAUCCCAAUACGACAGUGACCAUAGCAACAUUUAACUGGCUGGACAACGAUAAAGAUGAGGUCAUGGGCGUCAGACCAGUUCAAUUGCCCAUUUGGCUUUUGGGAGAUGGGCUCCCACAGAUCCUGUUCAACUCUUCAUUUAUCACAUUAAACGUAUCAACUAGUCUUUGGUGA